AGAACUUUGCCAUUACUGGAUGGAACAGCUGGAAUGGAGCCGAUGUUGGACCCCGGGCUAGAGCCGCCCCUGAGCCAGGAGAGCUUCUCUGAUUUCUGGAGCAAUAUCUGGUAUCCCACGAACGCGGAUUCCACCGCAACGGAGAGCCAGCGGCUGUCUAGCCUGCCGGACCCAGACCCGGACCUGGCCCUGGGCCUGGCCCUGGGCCUGUCUGGCUCGGGGGACCCCUCCCUCCUGCUCCCACAGGCUGGGGGCAGUGACGGGGGCUGGGAGCUCCCCGGCCCGGCCCCAGAGCCGCCCCCCACCUCUUCCACCGUCCCCUCCACCGAGGACUACGCUGGGGAGCACGGAUUCGAGCUGGUCUUCCAGCAGUCGGGGACCGCCAAGUCCGUCACCUGCACCUACUCCCCGGAGCUGAACAAGCUCUACUGCCAGCUGGCGAAGACCUGCCCUGUGCAGAUCAAGACGGCCAGCCAGCCCCCGCCCGGCUCCGUCGUCCGGGCCACAGCCGUCUACAAGAAAUCGGAGCACGUGGCCGAGGUGGUGAGACGCUGCCCCCACCACGAACGCUGCGAGGAUAACCGCGACGGGGUCGCCCCGGCCCGCCACCUGAUCCGGAUCGAGGGGAACCAGCAGGCGCAUUACUACGACGACGAAAACACCAAGCGCCAGAGUGUCAUGGUGCCCUACGAGACGCCCCAGGUGGGGUCAGACUGCACCACCGUGCUGUAUAACUUCAUGUGUAACAGUUCGUGCAUGGGGGGCAUGAACCGGCGCCCCAUCCUGGCCAUCAUCACUCUGGAGGGCAGGCACGGGCAACUCCUGGGCCGCCGAUGCUUCGAGGUUCGAGUCUGCGCCUGCCCCGGACGAGACCGCAGGACGGAGGAGGAGAAUUUCCGCAAGAAAUUGGCCGGCAGGGUCCUGAGCGGGGCCGGAGCCCUCAAAGGGGGCAGAGCCAAGAGGGCUCUCCAGGCUACCAUGGAAACAGCUGAGAACCCCAAGAAGCGGGUGGUGUCCACCGAGAAAGAGGUCUUCCUACUCGAGGUUCGUGGGCGCAAACGAUACAUGAUGCUGAAGGAAAUCAAUGACGCCCUGGAGAUGGUGGCCGCCAAGCAGCAGGGGGAGCCAGAGAGUCACCGGAACCCCAUGCCCUCGAGGUUGCUGAAGACCCGGAAGGAGUCGGGGGACGAGCUGUUGCCUCAGAGUGGAAAGAAGCUGCUGGUGAAGGAGGAGGAUUCGGAAUAAUUCCCCCCUCCAGACCCGCCCCCUCCCCCCCGCGCCUGGUCCUGUCUUGCACUCAGCUAAUUUUCACUGCCAGCUUUUCACAGUCAUAGUUUUCUAUGAAAUCUCCUGUCUCCCGCGGGGAGUGGGGUCGACCCUACGGUUCCCCACCCCGCCCUCACUUCUCAUGACGGCGGGGGGGGGGGAGGGGGGGAGACUGUUCCCAUCCUACUGAGGACCCCGCCCCCUUCUGGGACCCCGCCCCCUGGUCCCGCGACCCCGCCCCGCUCUGUACACCCACCCUUCCGCUGGACUUUUAUACCAACUUUUUAUACAAUAAAUCCAGCUGGUUCUUA